AUGGUGCAAAUUGAGCAAUUUUCCGGAGGCGUAAGUGAAGACCCGAUUGAGCAUUUGGUCCGAUUCCUUGAGUUGUGUGCAAUGAUGCAAACAAAUGAAGUGAGCCAAGAUUUCAUUCGUAGUCAUCUCUUUCGGCAAUCUCUCACCGGAAAAGCAAAGAAAUGGCUCAAGCUUUUGAAGCCCAACUCUCUCACCACAUGGAAGGAAGUUGCAAAGGCCUUUCUCAAGAGGUUCAUUUUCAAUGAGAAAACCGCAAAAAUGAGGAGGAAGAUAGCUUCCUUUGAGCAGGAACCGGAUGGAACUCUUUGGGAAGCAUGGGAAAGGUUUAAGGAUUUGAUUAGAGCAUGUCCUCAUCAUGAAUUCAACCCUACAAUUGAAGAAGUGGCUACUAGCUAUUCUUGGGGAGGCCAAAGAAGGUCCCAAGGGAAGCAAGGAGAUCUUUAUGAGUUGGAGAAAGUCGGCCAACUUAAGCACAUAGUUGAGCUCUUGAAUGAAGGUCUUUCCAAGUUGAACUCAAGUGUUGGUUUGUGUUCAAAACCUUCACAAAUCAUUGAUUUCUCAUGUGCUCGUUGUGGUGGGAUGGAUCAUGAUACAUCCUAUUCUAGAGAGUUCAAUCUCAAGCAUGGUGAAGUUUUGACUUUGAGGGAAAAAGAGUUUGUAACCCAAGCUCAAUCCCAACAACUUCAACAACCUCCAAGGCAAGAAAACUCCUACCCCCAAGAUGGACCUCUCUUCAAUCCAUCAACCCAAAACUUUUCCUACCUUUCCAACCAAGUAGAGAACUUUCAAGAUCAAAAUCAUGACCUAUAUCCUCAAGAGUAUGAAGAAAAAUCCCUACCCGACCACACACAAACCCAAAUUCUUCAACAACGUCAAACUAUUACUCCACAAUUCCAAGAAAUAAAUUCUUACAAUGAAGUUGUUGAUUCCCAACUAGCCCAAACUUCUUCUCUCCAUUUAACCACAAAACUCCCCUUACAAUCAUCUACUAACCCUUCACAUACUUAUCAACCCGAAACUUGCAAGGAGGACAAGGUUGUAGAUGAUGUGGUUGAGAAGAAGGUUCAAGAACAAAAUGAGGAGCCAUUUGAUUUUAGUGAACCAAACAAGUUUGAAGGCCCGGUUCCCUUUCCUUGUAGGCUAGCUGAGAAUGUCGUUUUGAAGAGCCCUAUGGCGGUGAGAGUAUGUAGAGUUGAUGUGGUCAAUGAUGUGAUGGCUAAUGAGAGCUUACCUCCACGUGAUGAUAAGGUGAUAAUGAGGUAUGAUGACUUCCUUGAAGUUCCCGCUUGGUUUGAAGGCUCUCUUGGCGAAGGUGAGGUUGCCCUUCCUAAUAUUGAGGAUUCCAAGCUCGAUACCCCUUUUCGAAGGAAAAGAAAGAAGAGUGAAAAAAGAAGAAGAUUCAACAAGAUGAUGGGAAAGAGAAAAGAUGAGCCACCAUUGGCUCUUGAUUCAUUCCCUCCUUUUCCUUGUGGUGAUGUGAGACCUCAAGGAGUUCUAGUUCUCAAGCUUAGGGGCAUCUAUGAUUCAAUCCUCAAGUUGAUUAGGGUGAUGUUCUUUAACCCACCUUGA